GUCCCUGCUCUCAGGUCACGUCUGACCCUGCACCACCACCUGACUAAAUUCCACCUGAAACCAGCAAUUUUAAACCCACCCAGCAACCACCACCAACCUGUUCCUCACUGCAGCCGAAUAGACUUCUCUGCUCUGCUUCCAUUUCAAUCCAAAGCCUAUACUGUCAGGUCGUCUUUUUGCAGGGAAUAGCUACGCAGAAACCGUACUCUCGUUAUCCAAUCCCUCUCUUCCAACAUCUUUGCUUCCCGGGAUUCAGGCCUCAAUCCCUUUCCCUUUAGGGGAAAUCGCUGCCACUUUCCCCUUCCCCUUCCCCCUUUUCCACUCUGUGCUCAUCGCUCUCUAUAAAAAUCCCAUCUUUGGAGCUCGUGAGAUGAGCGGGUUAAUCUACAUGGAGGAAGAGUUUGAGGAGGAGGAGGUUUGGGCAAUGGAGAGGGGUAAGAAGAAUGAGAGUCCUAAGGUAAGAAAGCACAAAAAUGCCUCCUUUUCGUCCCAAUCUGGCUCUAACAAGAUACCGAGAUCGAAGUCCGUUGGAGAACAGAGCAGGCAGUCUGUGCCUGUCAAUAUACCCAAUUGGUCCAAGAUCUGUAACAGAAACGGGGAGGAGGAGGAAGAAGAUGAGGAGGAAGACAAGUUGCCUCCCCAUGAAUGGCUUGCGAGGAAGAUGGCGAGGAGCCAGAUUUCUUCUUCUUCGGUUUGCGAGGGUGCGGGGAGGACUCUGAAGGGAAGGGAUCAGCGCAGGGUGAGGGAUGCUGUGCUCACCAGGACUGGAUUUCUGGAGUAGAGAAGAACCUCCUGGUACU